AUGUCCCACUUUCCCAACUUGAAGUUAAACACCGGAGCUAGCUUGCCCGCAGUUGGAUUGGGAACUUGGCAAUCUUCAGAUGAAGACGCCUAUAACGCCGUAAGCACCGCUCUGAAACUUGGCUACAGGCAUAUCGACUCUGCCGCGAUCUAUCGUAACGAAGUUCCUGUGGGUAAAGCUAUCAAGGACUCCGGUAUCCCACGUAGUGAAAUAUUCGUGACAACCAAACUAUGGGGUACGCAGCAUCGUGAACCCGAAAAGGCUCUCGAUGCUUCUUUGAAGCGUCUGGGACUCGAUUAUGUUGAUCUAUACUUGAUUCAUUGGCCCGUGGCUUUGAAAACGGACACAAUCAAAGACGACGACCUCUUGGUGAUUCCCACGACGGCCGAUGGUAAUCGCGAUGUAGACUUGGAAGACUGGGACUUUGUGAAAACAUGGGGGUUGCUUCAAAACCUUGUGGAAACCGGUAAAACCAAGGCCAUUGGUGUAUCGAAUUUUUCGAUCAACAACCUUAAAGCGAUUUUGAAGCCCGAAUUGAAAUUCGUGGUUCCUGCCGCCAACCAGAUCGAGGUUCAUCCACAAUUGCCUCAGGACGAAUUGAUCGAGUUUUGUCGUGCCCACGACAUCGUGGUAGAGGCGUACUGUCCACUGGGUUCCUCAUCGUCAACGUUGUUAUCUGACCUUGACCUGCUGAAGAUCGCGUCUAAGUACAAUGUUGAACCCGCUCAGGUGCUGAUCAAUUGGGGUGUAGCUCGCGGAUACAGCGUUUUGCCCAAAUCCGUAAAUCCUAAGCGCAUCGAAUCGAACUUCAAGGCUUUUGCAUUAAGCCCCGAGGACACUAAGGCUGUUUCCGAACUGCACAAGAAGAUUGGCUCUCACCGUUAUGUGAAUCCAAAGUGGGGUCCGUUCGAGGCGUUCGCUUGA